GCAGCGCCACGCUCAUCAGUCGGCCGAGGCUGGCUCGACCACAGGGGCUGGUGAGCGAUGAGAUCGUUGACUACAUCAACGCCAACGUCCAGCCCGACAACAUCAGGGAAAACCUCAGGUUUCUAUCGUCGAAGCCUCACUAGGCCGGGACGGCGGCUGAGGCUGAAACAGCGCAAUGGGUGGCAGGAAUGUUUCGCGAGUACGGCUUGGAUGAUGUCAACAUGGCGUCCUACUCCGUCCUACUAUCCUACCCCGACGGUCCUAACAUGGUUCGACUAGUAGAUGCGGAAUCAGGUUUGGUUUUGGCAGAAUCUUCGCCGAAACAGCCGCCGCUCUACGCCCCCGAGGAGAGUCGAGACGAUGUGCCUUAUUCCUUCAACGCGUACGCCGCUCCCGGCAACGUGUCGGGGCGUGUGGUGUACGCUAACUACGGCAGGCAAGAGGACUUCAAUUAUCUCGUGGCAAACGGCAUCGACAUCGCCGGCAAAAUUGUCAUUGCGAGAUACGGCAUGAUCUUCAGAGCAAACAUAGUGAACUACGCGGAGGCGCUGGGUGCAGCGGGAGUGCUUCUGUACACGGACCCCGCAGACUUUGCUUUGGACGGCCAGGACGCUGUUUACCCCAGCACCGUGAUGAUGCCACCCUCAGGCACCCAGCAGGGCACUGUCAAACUGACAGACGGAGAUCCUCUCACUCCAUUCUACCCGUCUAUUGAAAGUGCGUUCCAUAUUCCGGAAGAAGAAGCGGCGAUUCCAAAAAUUCCUGUGCAGCCUCUGAGUUACGAGGACGCGUACUUUGUGCUCAAUUCACUAGGAGGACCAGAAGUGCCCGUGGCCUGGCGAGGGGCACUGAACAUAACAUACCGCGUGGGGCCCACCCAGCUCGCCCGCUACGUCAACAUGGAAGUGCACACCCACAACGUGCCCGCCGUCAUACAUGACGUCAUCGCCGUGAUACGCGGUGCAGAGGAGCCUGACCGGUAUGUAAUUCUGGGCAACCACCGCGACGCUUGGAUCUUCGGCGCCAUCGACCCGUCCAGCGGCACCGCCGUCAUGGUCGAGCUCAGCAGGGUGCUCAUGCGCAUGCGCAACGAGACUGGCUGGCGGCCGCGUCGCUCAGUCGUGUUCUGCUCGUGGGCGGCGGAGGAGUACGGGCUCGUAGGCUCCGUCGAGUAUACGGAGCAGUUCAGGACGCAGCUCCACAGCAGAGCCGUUGCCUACCUCAACAUGGACCUGGCUUUGCUUGGCAACUACUCCCUGAAGGCGAGCGCUGCGCCGCUGCUGUACGAGGUCGUGUGGGAAGCCGCCAAGCUUGUGGCCAAUCCUGACGCUACCGAGGCGGCUGCCGGACGGACGACCGUGUACGACACGUGGCUGGCGCGCAAGCCCGACCCAGUCUACUCUACACGUCCGCAGGUUGAAUUGCUGGGGUCCGGUAGUGACUACAAAGGUUUCCUGUACAACCUCGGCAUUCCGAGCCUCGAUAUCUGUUACAAUCAUGACGAGAGCGUGCCAGGCUGGUACCCACUCUACCACUCCCUCUACGAGACCUUCGCUGUCGUAGACGAACUCUACGACCAGGGCUUCUUGUUCCAGGCCGCCCUCGCCAGGGUCUGGGGGCUGGUUGCCGUCUCUCUGUCUGACCCGCAGCUGUUGCCGCUGUCACUGCAGGAGUAUGCGCUCUUCAUCAGUGACGUCCAGCAGCAAAUCUUGCAGGACUUCGGGCAACUGAUGACCGACAACAACAGAACCUUUGAUCAUUUCCUAGACGCUGGUCGGUCGUUUUCUGCUCGCGUCGACCAAUUCACUCAAGAGCUCCUCUUCGUCGACCUUGAUGACGAUCUUGCCGUGCGACGCGUCAAUGACCAGCAAAUGCUGGUGGAGAGAUCAUUCCUGGACCCUCAAGGCCUGCCGGGCCGGGCUGACUUCAAUCACGUGGUGCUGGCCCCUAGCGCGUCUGACGCCUACUCGGGCACCGCGAUCACGGGUCUCACGGAUGCGCUUCACGCCAUCGCCGACGCCGGCCCCGACGACGACAUCGCGGCUCUGUGGCGUACGCUUGACGAGCACCUCGCUGCCGUCACCAGCAUUAUCUACAGCUCCGCUAUGUCCCUCACGCUUCAGCUUUGGUGAACAGACUUCAUAAACAUAGUGAUCUCGGCGCUGAAGUGUAGGCCUGAUGUGGCCUGUCAUGUUCUAUAACCAAGAAUUAUUUAGUCCUGUGCAGUCAUGGAAGAUUAAAAGUCAUAGAUAAAUCUUACAUCUUCCGUUUUCUUUGUUGGGUUUUGAGCAUAGAAUCCUAAAAUUUCGGUGAGUAUGUCGAGUUUAAGAACGCCACUGUGAUAAAACUAUCAUUUACUAGCAGCUAACCGAAUUCUUAACAGAAGUUGUUGAAAUUUAUUUUUAAAAAUCCAGUUUUCUCCAUAUUUUAUUUCACCUUAAAUCCUUUAUUAAGCCUCGAUUUACUUUUGAGACUUACUUGGUUUUCAUAAGCAAAAUAAUUUAUAAAACUAAUAUUAUUGGACCUCUCGAAUACUUUUCAGGACUGUCUCUAAGAUUAAGUAGAAAGCAGAAAUACGACCUGUGGGCGUAUUUACAGAAUACGCCUGUUUCCAUGUAUUUUUUUCUGGCAAAACUGCGUAU